AUGACAUCAUCUUCAUUAGUAUGUUCAAUUGAUGGUUGUAAACGACCUAUUACUUGUUUAUGUCAUCAUUGUCAAAAAAAUUUAUGUUCAAAACAUUUUAAUGAACAUCAAAUUCAAGUAAAUAAUGAAUUAAUACCUAUGACUGAUUGUCUUAAUGAAUUAAAGAUGAGACUUCAAAUUGAUGAGAAAACAGGUCCAUUAGCUAUGUUACAAAUGUGGCGUCAUAAAAAAUAUAAUGAAAUUGAUCAAGAAUAUAAUCUUGAAGUAGAAAAAUUAAAAAAGAAAAUAUCCAAAUAUGAUGAACAAAUCUCUGAAACAGUUUCUAAUAUACAAGAACUUAUUAAUGAAGGUGAUGCAUCUAUUGAUCAAGUCAAAGAAAUACAAAAAAUAAUUGAAACUAUAACAGAUCAAGUAAAUAAUCUUACAAUGAGUGAAUCGAUAGAAAUAAUUAAUGAACAAAAUUUACUUGGUACAUAUAUACGUAUGGGAAGUAUUCAAUAUCUUGUUAAAGCAAAAAUUAAAUGUAAUAAUAUAGAUUUAUAUGGAUUGGAAAGUGAGAGAUCUCUAGUAGGAUAUGAUGGAUUAUGUCCACAAUGUGGUAAAGCUCAUGUUCUAUUCGAGAGAAAUCGAGGAUUUUAUGCUUUAUGUCAAACUCUUCAUACUCAAGUUUAUAGAAAAAAUUCGAAAUAA